GGGAGAGAGAGUGUGUACCUGAGGGAGAGAGAGAGUGGGUGAUGAUAAAGCUGCUGAAAGAUGGCAACAGAAGUAAUCACAAACCUGCCCUCACUAGCUCCAGCUUCUGGGGCUGUGGAUAAAUUUCCAUUAUUGCAACAACCAAAUGAAAAUGAGAAGCAAAGCCAGAUACAUCCAUUUAUUAAUCCCACCAAUGCCAUUGUAUUCCGAGAAAAACUGGAACGACAACAAAAGGAAUUACUAAAUGCUCAUAGUGGCCUGGGUUAUUUGAGAAGCACCUUUACAUCGAGAAGAAAAUCUUUUUCUAGCAGCUGGCGAAGAUUUGCCUUGGAACAGCAGGAUGAAGACAAGAAAAAUGAAGAACCCAAGCCUGUGUGUUUUGUUAGAGAUGAAUCCACUGAUAAAGCUGGAUUACAAGAGUACAUUCAACAACAGCGACAACUAUUCUUGAUACAGUACACAUCGGGAUUAAAGGAAAACUCAAUGAAAGGCUUGAAAGAAGCUGCUCUCAAACAGCAGCAAUGCAUGAUCGAGGAUGAAAAGAAACUCGCAAAAAAGAAACUCGCCAUUGAAAAUUUAAUGGUGGAAAGUCAAACCAAGAGGACACAAGCUAUGUUAUGGGCAGAAGAAAAUGCAAAUGAUAAUCUUCUUGCAACGGAGCAAAUAGAAAAAGUUACCGAGGAAGUGCUAAAUCUUAAAAGUUUAAUUGAAAAACAGCAGCAAGAACUGGAUUAUUGUAUAACUGCAAAGAUGUUUUUUGAACAACUUACACCCAAGGAACGGAAGGAGAAAAGGAAAGAGAAAAUGGUUGAUAGUGACGUCAGAAAGGAAGCUAUUCCACCUGAUCCUCUUGCUAUAACGUCUUUAAAUGAACCGCCAUCUCGUAAAGCAAGCACGCUAAAGAAGAAAGGGUUGCAGUUGACCCCAAAGCUCUCGGCAGUCUCGGUGGAUAAUUCCUGGAUGGAGUUAAGGGCAGAAUCUGAUCUCGAAGAAAAGCCGAUGGACGUCAAGCCUAAUGUCAGCCCACUGGAUCAGGAGCUGUAUUUUAAGGACCCACAGGAAAUCUUGGACAUUUUCUUUAAUUUGGAAGAGCAGAUAGUUUCCCUUCUCCAAUAUUGUCGUGAAGUUGAGGACGACAUCGACCGAGUUAAUCAGAAAAUGGCUGCAACACAGGAAGCUAUGUACGUGUGA